GUCUGCGCCCUGCUCCUGGCGUGUCUAUUCGCGUACGACAUCUUCUGGGUGUUCUUCUCACACCGCUUCUUCGGGGCCAACGUGAUGCUCUCAGUCGCCACGCAGCACGCCCACAACCCCGCCCACUCCGUCGCGCACUCGCUGCACCUGCCCUCCGCAGUGGCGGGGUCGAUCGUUAGAGAAAUCGAGCUUCCCGUGAAGCUGCUUUUCCCGAGGGACCUGUUCGGAGAGCUCAACAUCUUUUCGGGGGAGAAAGGCAGGCGGGCGCGUGAUUUCAUGGUGCUCGGACUAGGCGAUAUGGCCAUACCAGGCAUGCUACUGGCCCUUGUUCUGUGCGUGGACCAGCACAAGAGGCGGCAGCAGCAGGAGCGGCAGCAGGAGCGGGAGCUGGAGGUCCUAGAGGCAGGGAAGGGAGGGCAAGAACAGCAGCAAGAGCCGCAUGAGCAUUCUCAACAGCACACUCAGCAGCACUCUAAGGGCAAUUUGAGCCGCCCACUACUGGACUCGUUGCCUGCAGCAGGGGAGCAGGGGAGUGGGUACCUGGGCUAUGUGUGGGUGGCAGCGGUGGGGUAUGCCGUAGGACUCGUGGCUGCUCUGGCUGCUGGCGUGCUCACAAGAUCGCCCCAACCUGCCUUGCUCUACCUGGUGCCUUCAACUCUCGGCCCCGUGUCGCUAGUGGCAUGGAGAAGAGGCGAGCUGGCAGAUCUGUGGGACGGCUCGCCAGACCUCAUCCCCUUCGAUCGGGACAAGCUUGAAACUCUGGAUGUUUGA